UUACUUGGUACUCUUCCGUUUCUUUUAAAUCAUCCGUAUUACUUGACAAAACCCAGAAACCCUAGAGAGAGAAAAAGAGACUGUGUAUGGGGGUAUAGUUGAUUGUGUUCGUGAUCCUUGAGGGUGUAGGUGUUGUUCUUUUACGCAUGGAGGUAGACAUGGAAGACAUUGAAACUAAAGUUCCAAAGAGUGAGCCCUCUCGCGAGGAAGAUUCGGGAAGAUGUAGGUGUGGUGAACUGGAAGAAACCAGUAAAAAGGCUGAAGAGAGAAUUGUAGAAUUGGAAUUGGAGAUUGGAAAGAUGAAGAGUGAUUACGAAGCACUUGAGGCUAAGUUUAAAGAACUAGAAGCCCAAAAAACUUCAGCUGAAGGUGAACUGAAGGAUUUAAUGAAAAGAAACAAUGAAGUUAUAGAGCAGAGAAAAUCAGCUGAAGGCCAAAUGAAAAUUGAUUGUACUGGAGAAAAGGGAAAAGUGAAGGAUGUGGUUGUUGAUUUGACAGAGGACGCAGAUGAGGAUGAAGAUGAAGAGGAUAUAGUUGAUCAGCUUAUCGUUGAAAACUAUACUUUGGAGUGUGAGAAGAAAAAGGCUGAAAGUGAGGUUGAGGUCUGGAAGGAAAAGUUUAAGGAAUUGGAGUUAUGGGUCUCACGGGUGGAUGAGAGUGCAGUCAUGCAAGGUGGCAAACGACUACUGAAUGAUAUGAUUAAAGGUGACAAGAGACCAGAUGUAAGAGUUGGCAUAGAGCAAUUCCAAAUUAACAAGAAAUCGGUGGAUUCAGGACCUACCUGUAGUAUCUCUGGCACACCAUAUAAAGACAGUCCAUCUGGCCAUACUCUAGCUGGGAAGAAAGGGAUCUAUUUGGAAUCUGAGGGGGAGGGCAAAAGAUUAGUUAGAAGACAUUUGUCAUUUGAAGAAAGAAGCCCUAACAAAAAGCUGGCUCCACCAACUCCAGUUGGUGGCAAUUCUGAUCAUCUAAAUGUCAUCGAUAUUUGUGAUAGUGAUGAUGAAUCUGAUAUUCGUGGUAUCCACUUGUCCAUUCCCAAUGAUGAUGGAAAUAGAAAAGUCUGCAUUUCAACUGAUCAUGUGUUAACAGGAACUCUGAAUGGUAAACAAGACAUGAUAUCUGAUAACUGUUCUGGGAGGGUUGUUGUCAGUCAGGAUUACGAAGAAGACUUAGAUGAUUUCAAAGAUAAUGUCCCAUGUCCACCAACUUCUAAGAGAAAAAGAGCUGCUAAUAUUGUUACUAGUGAUAGCGAGAGUGAUGAAGGCGAUGAUAUUCCAAUAUCUAAGCUAAAGAAGGUGCAUCUUCAGGAAUCAAUUCCUAAUACAGCAAAUUGCGGUGUGAACUGCGGCCCAAUGUCUGCCUCUCCUUCUGUAAUUGAUGAUAUCAAAUGUACUGCAACCUGUUCUAGGCGGCAUUUGGCAACUUUGAGGCAGUGUGAAGAUAUAGUAAGGGCAGAAAGGAGCUUUUCAAAUAAAACCAGUGAAUUCAAACAUGGACAAGGAAUUUCUACCAUGGAUGAUGUUGAAGAUAGUGAAUCUGAGGAGCUUGGAUCAGGCAGUGAGGGUGAGAGCUUGGGUGGAUUUAUCAUUGACAACUCUGAUGGGUCUGAUGCUGAUAAGGUUUCCAGUCAAUCGGAUAACAAGUCAGAUGGCAGUGUGGACUUUGAUGAGAUUUUAUCCCAACUUCAAAGAAGCAAGGAUCAUACAUUCAAGUGGGAGUUAGAGGCAGACAUGCUUUCAGCCUUUGGUAAAGAUGAUGAACUCUGUAUGAAAGCUGUAUGUGCGCUGUAUCGGCAGCAAACCGCUGAUGAACAAUUAAGCAAGGAAACAAUGUACAACAACAAGCGAGGAUUUAGCAAAUUUGAUGCUCUCAGAGGCUCUGAUUUGGCCAGAUUUCUCAUAGAUGGAGAUCCUCAGGGUGAUUUAAAGAAAUCUGUGCAGCAGUUGGAAGAGCUUGGCUCCAAGGCGGUUAAACUCUGCAGAACAUUGGCUGCCCGCUACUCCAAGCAAUUAUUUGAGAUCUACAAAAGCAAAGAGGACCCACUUUUUCGACCGUGUGAAUAGUAACUAAAUGAGAGCUAGAGGAAUAGAUAUUUAGAUAUCAGAAGGUUCUUUUUUUGUAGGAGAGAGUUCCAGAGGCUUGUCGUUUUGGUAUUUUCUAUCCUCUGGUAUCAGGUUUUCCUUCUGGUUUCGUGUGAUGUUUGUUUUGAUCUUAUUUUGGUUAUAUGGCUUUGUAAACGCCGCUAACGUAUCUGAGUAGCCUAAUGCUUAUGUAAAUAGAAAAUCCAGCCCUUUGAUCGUCGUGAUUUAUAGUUCA